AGGUUCAUUAGCAGAUAUAAUAUACAUUAUACUGAGCUCUAGUACAGUGCACUUUACAACGUAAAAUAAAGCUGAUAUAAUAAAAAAUGUCGUUCGCAAAUAAAGUCGUAUUAAUUACGGGAUCAGGAUCUGGAAUAGGAGCAGCUACGGCUCUAUCAUUCGCUGAAGAAGGUGCUCAUGUUGUCAUCGUUGACUGCAGCGAAGAGAGAGCUAACGUCACAGCAGAGAAAUGCAAACAAUUCGGUAACAAAGUGCUUGUUAUUACUGCUGACGUCUCCAAAAAGGAUGACCUUGAUAAGGUUAUGAAGAAAACAAUCGAAGAAUUUCGAAGACUUGACAUUCUAGUGAAUAAUGCUGGUACUGUAAGAGAAGAAAGUAUACUAGAUGGGACUCUCAUCGAUACGUUUGAUGAUGUUAUGAAUGUGAAUUUACGUGCGGCAGUAGUGUUGACGUCUUUGGCUGCUCCUUAUUUAAUUGAAGCCAAAGGUUGUAUCAUCAACACAUCAAGCGUAGCAGGUGUGGAAGCACGAACAGGGUACAAGUAUCCAUCCUACACUAUUUCAAAGGCAGCUUUGAACCAUUUCACUCGUAUAUCUGCUAUGGAGUUUGCAUCAUCAGGCGUUAGAGUGAAUGCCGUUAAUCCAGGGCCUUGUUUCACGAAUAUUUUUGCCAACUCAGGGACUCCUGGUACUUUUGAAGGGUCGGAUAAAUUUACUGCUCUGAAGAAAAUAUGUGAUCCAGUGGAAGUGGCUAACCUGAUAUUGUAUUUAGCCAGUGAUAAGGCUAAAAGUAUUACAGGGUGUUGCCAUGUAAUAGAUAAUGGUAUGGCAUUAUUGUAAUGUUGUUCAUUAUAAUCAAACAGUUAUGUCUGUAAUCCUUUGGGUGAUUAAAUGUUUUUAUAAAUUA